GCGGCUCCGCUUACCGGGCGGUGUCAGCCGUGAAAACGGGACGGAGCGGCAGAGGCAGGCCGAUAGAGGGUUCCGUUCCUCCGGGUGCUUCCACCGAACUGCUCCAGCGGACUUCAGGUCAGCAUGUCUGGGAAGGUGAGCGCCGAGCAGCUGGAGGAGAUCAGGCAGUGCUUCCAGAAAGUCGAUGCGGACCACAGCGGCUACAUCUGUGCCUCAGAACUGGGCGACCUGUUCCGGGAGGUGGGCUGUCCGUUGCCUGGAUACCAGAUCCGGGAGCUGCUGCAGAAACUGGACCGGGACAAAGACAGCCGCAUCAACUUUGAGGAGUUCACGGCUAUCUUCCUGGAGAUGAAGGACGACAAACUGGCUCAGGGUUUCAGGAAGGCUCUCAGCAAGAAAGAGGGUGUCGUAGCCAUCAAAGGCACCAGUGAGCUCUCCAGUGAGGGAACUACGCACUCCAUCUCUGAGCAGGAGCGCUUCGCCUUCGCCAACUACAUCAACUCAUCUUUGGAGAAGGACCCGGACUGUAAGCAUGUCCUGCCCAUUGACCCUAACACUGGACAUCUGUUUAAAGCUGUGGCAGACGGCGUUUUGCUUUGUAAACUCAUCAACUUGUCUGUUCCUGACACCAUCGAUGAGAGGACUAUCAACAAAAAGAAACUCACAGCCUUCACCACACAGGAGAACCUGAACUUGGCUCUGAACUCAGCUUCAGCCAUCGGCUGCCAAGUGGUCAACAUCGGCGCUCAGGACCUAAAGGAGGGCAAGCCUCACCUGGUGCUCGGCCUCCUCUGGCAGAUCAUCAAGAUAGGACUGUUUGCCGAUAUAAAACUGAGCCGCAACGAAGCCCUGGCAGCGCUGCUGCAGGAUGGGGAAAGUCUGGAGGAGCUGAUGAAGCUCAGUCCUGAAGAACUGCUGCUGCGGUGGGCCAAUUUCCACUUAAAGAAUUCGGGCAUGACCAUAUCGAACUUUUCUGGAGACAUUAAGGACUCCAGGGCGUAUUUCCACCUGCUGCAGCAGAUCGCUCCAGAUGGCAGCAAAGAGGACGUUCCUCGGAUUGAGAUCGACAUGACUGGUCUCUACGAGCAAGACCUAAAAAAGAGAGCCGAGUGUCUGCUGAAGCAGGCCGAGCGGCUGGGCUGCCGUCAGUUUGUGACUGCCACCGACAUCGUGACAGGAAACGCCAAACUCAAUCUGGCCUUCAUGGCCACGCUCUUCAACAAGCACCCGGCGCUCACCAAACCCGAAAACCAGGAGUGGAAUCUUGAGAGUGAGACGAGAGAGGAGAGAACCUUCAGGAACUGGAUGAACUCGCUGGGAGUCAGUCCACACGUUCACUACAUCUAUGGAGACCUGCAGGACGCCGUGGUGAUUCUGCAGCUGUAUGAAAAGAUUAAAGUGAAGGUGGACUGGGACCACAGAGUCAACCUUCCUCCCUUCAAGGGAGUAGGAGGAGGUCACUUAAAGAAGAUUGAAAACUGCAACUACGCUGUGGAGCUGGGGAAGAACAAAGCCGGCUUUUCCCUGGUGGGAAUCGGAGGUCAGGACCUGAACGAGGGGAACGAGACUCUCACCCUGGCCUUGGUGUGGCAGCUGAUGAGGAGGUACACUUUAAACGUGCUGGAGGACCUCGGACAUGGAGAAGUUGCUGGAGACGAUUUGAUCAUCGCGUGGGUCAAUAAGGCUCUGAAGGAAGCCGGCAAGAGUUCCUCCAUCAAAAGCUUUAAGGACAAAGCCAUUAGCACCAGCCUUCCAGUGCUGGACCUGAUUGAUGCCAUUCAGCCGAAGAGCGUGAACUUUGACCUGGUGAAAAGAGACAAUCUCUCAGAUGAAGAUAAACUGGACAAUGCCAAGUACGCCAUCUCCAUGGCGAGGAAGAUCGGCGCUAAAGUCUACGCCCUGCCUGAGGACUUGGUAGAAGUCAACCCUAAAAUGGUGAUGACCAUCUUUGCCUGCCUGAUGGGGCGGGGCAUGAAGAAGGCUUAAAGAGCAGCGCGUACACAUCUACACACACAUGCACGCACGCGCACACACACACACACACACACACACACACACACACACACACACACCGACUGUCUUCACCUGCUGAGACAUAAAGGCAGUGAACACGGUGUAGAAGUUUGUUCUGACUUUCUGUCUUUAAACAGAAAGAGGAAGCUAAAGCUAAAACGUCAAAGGUUCAAACAUCAUACUUCCUGACUUUAGCAUUUAGGUUUAAAAUUGAUUGUUCAUUUCAGAGACCACUCUCUCACCUGUAGAGAAAAGUAGAAAUAGUGUCUUUAAAUCUGAAAGUUGCGACACAUGGGGAACAUCGGGGCGAUUUUUUUUCCAGUUUCCGGUUGUGUGAUGGGUUUUUUCUCCUCUCUCGUCUUAUCUUCAUAUUUUCCGGGGUUUUUUCCAUGAUAUCCUCCUGUGUCACGGCUUUCUCAGUUCUGCUGUGUGCCAGCCUGUUCACAGGAUAAGCGUUUAUCACAAUUAAGCCAUAUUGCUCUUCACAGAAAGCCUUUUAUUGUGAAAUUUGCAGUCUGACAGAAGCCUUGUUAUGUCAUAGAUGGUCUGUAAGCUGAAAGUCAUUUAUUAGUAAACCUGAUUUUACUGGGAUAAGAGCUGGAUGCAGCGAUUCUGCAUGAUGACUGAAACUAUCCAACAAAAUCCAUCCAAAAGUUUUACUUUAUUGUGUAUUUUAAAAGUCAGGACGAUCACAUAAAAAAAAAAAAUCAAGUUUGGGUAUUUUCUGUUGACUUCUAAAUAAAAAGAAAAAUCUUGUUGAUAACUGAAAAGUGUUGUACUUAUAGCGAAAGAUUAUUUCAUGCUGAUGGAUUUCUAAGUGAUGCUGUUUUCAUAGAAUAUUACAACAAUACAGUUAAUAAAUAAGAGCUGCAGGUCAGUCUACGCAGAAUUUAUUGUUCAUUUUAAAUCUGUGUUUAUAUUCUCACCCCUAUUAACACUGUAGCUGUAAUAUCAACAAGGGAAAACGAUUCACAACCAAAUUACGAACGAAUGGUGAAACUCAUCAUGUUGCUGCGUCUUCAUACAUUCCACUGCUGCUGUAGCUCCACUAAUAUUCACUACAGUUUCCUGCCUUACAAUCAUUUCAUUGUAAUGUAAAUUGCUUUCAAAUACACUCUACUGAGAAUGACUGUACAAUCAGAUCUCUUGUCUCAAAUAAAUACCUUUUUUUCAUUUGU